AUGUCGCUUGCCGCGGAGAAGCGAAGGAAGGCCAAGGCUCUCGAAGAGGCCGGGGCGGCGCUGUCCGUGAAGCUCGUCGCUCGAUCCACGCGAGGCCAGCGCAUCAGCGAGCUGCAGGGCGACGACGCCGAGGCGGACGAGACGUUUUGGGGGCAAGGAGCCUGGCAGGAAGAGGAAGACGGGGACUCUGAGUUCAGCUCUGAGGAAGACGAGCCGGACAAGUUCGACAAAGACUUCAACGACAGCGAGAGCGAGGAGGAGGACGAUGACGGCAAGGAGGAGAACAGACUCAGAAAAAACGAGCGGGCCGCGAAGCGCAAGCAACCGGGGGGUGUCUAUAAGGAGCCCAAGACCUUCGCGGUAAAGAAGAGAAAGACUGCGCCCGCCGGGGGGUCAGCGGGCGGUAGCGCGCGGGGGGGGGGGGGGUCGAGCGGCGCCGCCCCCGGCGCACUGUCCAAGAGGACUGUACGAGCCAGCACUAAGAACAAGACGGAGAAAAGUCUGGAGGUUAGAGAAGGCGAAGCAAAGGCGCGCGAGGCACAGCUGAAACGGUCAACUCCUCAGCGGAAAAAGGCUAUCAAGGGACAGUUCACCCAGAAGCAGCUGCUGCUGGAAGCGAUCCAAACAGAGCAAGAGAACAUGCGUUGGAUCCUGAAGCAACGCCGCCUGGAGGAUGAGGCCAAGGAAGACGAGGGCCGGCCCAAGCAGCACAAGAUCCUGGCGUCCCGCUACGCGUCCCGGCGGGGCUGCGUCGACACAAUCUUUUUCCCGGACGCGUACUACCUCCCUCCGGUCCUCUGUCAGGCCCCUUUCUCCGCGGGCGGAGGCGACGGCGCAGACCAGGACAAGGGCAGUAAGACCGCCAAGUCUUCCUCCGAUCGACGAUGCAAGAUCACCGGCGCCCCGGCGCCGUACCGAGAUCCGCUCACGGGGUACUACUACGCCAACGGCGCGGCGUUCCGGGAGGUCCGAAAACGGUACGGAGCGUCCGCGAGACGGCGCCUGAAAGCACAGCGGCAGGAGCAGGAGGCGGGAGAGGCCGCAAGUAGUGGGGGGGCGGCGGGGGGUGGAGGCGCAUCCGGCACUAGAGUAGACGGCACCGCGCCGGCAGCAGCAGCUGCGGUUUCAGGGGUAGGGGCGGUGGUGGUAGGAAACGGGUCACUGAAGGGAGCAGGGGCGGGGACGGCGGGGACGGCGGCGGCGGCGGCUGGCGGCGGUGGUGGUGGUGGCGGGCUGAGCAGCUCCGGAGCGUGCAAGAAGCCCGCCUCGUCUUUGGCCAAAGAGGUUGAGAAGAAGUCCAAGUCUUCCGCGAGCAAGGGGAAGGGGAAGGCGAAGGCCGGCGCUGACGGUACCGCUUCGACGACGGCCUCCUCCACCGCCGCCGGUGCCGAAAAGGCCAAGGCAGGCACCAAGCGGAAGCAGGCGGUCGGGGGAAAGGGGGCCAAGCCCGCGAAGCGCCCUUUCUUUGCCCCGGCAGGAGGAGGGACGGCGCCGUCGGUGUUGCCACCCGCAGCCGCUGCCGCUGCGGGCGGGAGUCAGCAGCUAGUGCCGCUGAGGGGGAACAAUACGGCGGUGAUCCACUACGGGUCCAGCCCGGCAGACACCGGGUCGUCUCCGGAGGGAAGCGCCGUGGUGAAGGCGGCAGCCUACGCCGCCGUAGCAGCGCAAAAAGCGGCCGCCGCGGGGAAAGCCGGGGGCGGCAGCGAGUCCCCUCCUCAGGGGAGCGCGGUGGUGAAGGCGGCGGCGUACGCGGCGGUGGCGGCGCAGGCCGCGGCGGCGGCCGGGACGGCGACGGCAGCGGCUCCCGUGCGGCGGCGGCCGGGGACAAGCACUGCCAUGCCGCUCGUCGCGAAGACUGCGGCGGGAGGUCAACCAGCCUCAAAGAUAGAAGUAGAACAACCGGCGGUAUCAACAUCGACACAGCUGCCCCAGCACGAGCACCUGCAGGCCUCGACGGCGCCGCGUUCGCUGGAGGAAGAGGUCAACGGGUGGGAGUCCAGCUCCAACAGCGCUGCUACCGCCGCUGUGACCGGCGCGCCGAACUGCACCGGGUGGAUGCAGCCCGUCCCAGCCCCGGCCCCGCUGGGACAGCCGCCAAGCUAG